GCCAAAGAAAUUUAAAACUACAACUAGUAAUAAAAAUCAAAUUCUAAAUAUUGAGUCUUUAGAUGUGAAUACGAUCUUCAAAGCCAUGGCAAUGGAUGAGACAAAGAAAAAGCCAAUAGUACCAUAUGGAAAACCUAGCUUGUUGGCCUUUCGACAUAGAGCAGGGAUGGUAUUUGUUGAUAAGACAGAAUAUAUUGAGAAGCUAGAGAAUCUCAAUCCAGAGUUUCGAAUUCUAGUCCUUAGGCCACGUUGUUUUGGCAAAUCUACUUUCCUUGACAUGCUUUGUUUGUAUUAUGAUGUUCACGGUGUAAAUGAUUUUGAUCAACUUUUUGGUCCAUUAUAUAUUGGAAAAUACCCAACGCCUUCCCAUAACACACAUCUUGUACUUAGAUUUGAUCUUUCAACAAUUGAUACAGAUUCAUAUGAGGAGAUGCAAGUAGCUUUUAAUGAUCAAUUAAAUGGGAACUUGUGUGAGUUUAUCAAGAAAUAUGAAGUAGAAUUGGGUGAUCCAAAUAUUGAUAAUAUAAUUGCAAGGAAAGGAAGCACAUCCCUUAUCAAUGUUUUGAAUUUGGUACAUAGCCAGAAUUGUACCCUCUUUGUUGGAAUAGACGAGUAUGAUACUCCAGGUAACAAUAGUGCUUUUAGAAUGGAAGUCUGGUUUUUAAAUGAUAUAGAAUGCAGAGAAGUCGGCAGAAUUGAACAAUUUUUUAACACCAACUUCUUUGCACCACUCAAAACAGGGUGUAGUCAUGCUAUUGACAAAUUAUAUGUGACGGGAAUUACUCCUGCCUUUAGUGCAGUUAAAGCUAUUGAUUUGUAUUAUUUUGAUAAUAAUGAGCAGUUAGCAAAUGAUGCUGUGGACCAAAUAAAAAGAAAAAGUAUUGGAUUUGUCAGUACACCCUCAGAACCCACAGCUGUGGACUCUACUCGAAUUCUUACAUGUAUUGCUGAACAAAGUCCUGUAUCUAUCAACAAUCUUUUUGAUCUCCUUAUUCAUGGAUCAGUGCAAAUCUCACUCCAAAACAACUUUAAUUAUUCUGACUUUUUCAAUACUGGAGAAGAAAAUAUAACAUUUCAGCAGCAGCAUCUUGUUUGGUCACUUUUAUAUUAUUUCGGUAUAUUAACUCAUGGUCAGUCAGGGGAGUUGUUAAUCCCGAACAAAGUAACAAGAAUUGAGGGUAACAUUGAUCAUUUAGUUGAUCUUGUUAAGAAUUUUUUCAAGACUAGAUCAAUGAUGUCCCUGAGAUCAACAAAUGAAGCAGUACUUCAGGUUGUUAUUGAAAUUCUUUUACCAAUUCCAUUUUGUGUUCCAGAAGUUUGUAUUGUGAUUGAUGGAAUGAAGAAAAAAGGUGAAGGGUGUUUUGGUUUUAUAGAUAUAUUCAUUCCUGAGGGUAUAAAAAGAGAAAGUCAGCAAAUAUCAAAUGUAAUCUUAGAAUUGAAAUAUAUAACACUUAUAGGCUUAUUGAGUGGUGCAAAUCAGCAGUGGAUAAAAACUCCCAAUCCUAAGAUGAUGGAACAGUUAGAUAAAGAAAUUGAAGAAAAAAGUGUCAAAGAGAUUUUGAAGUAUAAUUAUAUGUAUUGGUCAGUAGAAAAGAAAUGUUAUGUGUUAAAUAAAGUAAAUGAUAUUGUGAAUCAUGGGCAACAACAACUUGAUAUAUAUAUCAAAACAAUGGCAAAAGGCAAAGUUAGAAAUUAUAGUGAUUCAGGGAUUGUGGAUUCUCGUGUUGGUACCAAAAAAGAUCCAAGUCAAUUGAGAAGAUAUCUUAUUUUGACUAUAGGAUCCUGUCAUGUUUUAGUAUGGUCUUCCAAAUCGAUGAUAAUUGAUUGGAAAUAUUAUAUUGCGCAGGCCUAA